CACCGAAAAUCGAUUCAUUUCGUGUGAAAGUGUCGGGCAGAAGUGACUUAAUACGGAAAUCGAAAGCGGAAGAAAGCAUAAUGUUCAAAAUUCAGAAUAUUGUAUUAUGUGCGGUGCUGAGUGUCGUUUCACCUGCUUUUGGAAGCUUCUUUCAUGGACCUCAGCAAGUUGAAGUUCCUGUGGGAGUUCCGGUUCCUGUGUCCGUUCCCGUGCCCUCGCCAGUGGCAGUUCCGACUCCUGUGGCCGUACCUACUCCAGUUGCAGUUCCCGCUCCCGUGGCUGUUCCUGUUUCGGAUACCGUGACCGUUCCCGCCGCCUUCAGUGCUCCACCAUCGGCGAUAGCCUAUGCCGCCCCAGUCCACCACGCCCCACCGGCUAUAUUCAAGUAUGCCACAGCCUAUGCGGCGCCCCCACCCCCGCCAGUCAUCAGGUACUCCCUGGGAGCACCAGUAACCACCACCACCACCACUUACACGGGCUUCGCUGCACCACCAGUGCCCCAUUUGGCUCCGGCGCAACCACAGUUCCUCAGCAACUAUGCCGCCCCACCGGCAUCUUUCCGAUUUUCAGCUCCACACUCCUACGGAAGAUACAAGCUCCACUUUGGGGCACCUCCGUCCGCCCCGGCUGCUGUCUACGGACCACCCCCCCCUCCAGCGGCUGUCUACGGCCCACCUCCCUCGCCCUACAGCGCUCAGGGCUGGUAACUCAAGACAUCCCAGAUGCGUGAUGAUCCGCGGGCUCAUUAUGCAUAACUAUGAAUGAUAAUUUCCUCAAAUUAGCAAUUAAUUAAAUCUAAAUAAUGUUGUUAUGUUUUGUAUUAUCCGCGACUCAAAAUUUAUGCGAAGAACGCGCAGCUUAUCGAUUUAAUUAUGCUUAUACUGAAGCCCAUAAAUAAUUCAGAUGUUUUCAUGGUUCCGAGCAAUUUUCGGCAUCGCCAAUUUUGGUCAAAGGCGAGGCCUGACACUGAGAGAGAGCCCCGAGAUAUAGACAUAUAAUAUCUGGCGACUCUAGUCUAGUCCAACGACUCCACCACCACCAACCAACCCCUGACCAACUGACCUAACUCAAUAAAGAGCCAAGAGAGCCGGCCAAUUGGGUCAACAGUUUAAACGGUUUUCGAGAUGAAAGAUUACUAACUUGUUUACACUAAAAAAGAAAAUGUAGUUAUAUUAUAUUUUAAAUAUUUUCUUUCUUAGCUAAUAAAUAAUAAUACUGAAAAUAAUAAUAACACAGAGCUUUAAAUCAUUUGCCUUUGAAUUUGCAAUUGAAAACCUUGAAAAUAGAUCUUUAAAUAAUAAACAAUAAAUAGGUGUCUUUAAUCUACAUAAAAUAUUGUUUUCUAAUCCCUAAUCAUAGCUUCUCUAUUAGCCUUUUACCUAUAUUUUUAUAAACCAUGAAGGCAGGUCUUAUUUACAUAAAAAUAUUCGCUUUUUGGCACCCAGCUUGCCAUUUCCGUGUUCGUAAGUUGUCGGAAAGAGGCGUUAAAAUUUGUUUAAAUUAGCUUAACGAAUUAUUAAGUUAAGUAUUCAGUCAUUUAUAAUAAAUAAUUGAUACAUUUUUUUAAU